UGAGCAGGUAGGAGGCUGACAGCGACCUCCGCGUCUCGGAGCGAACGGUGAGCCUCCCUGUAACGGGAGAGUUCGACUGUCAGCCAAGGUCACCGGGCCCGACUCAGGGAAGGGGUGGGGCUCGGCUGAGCCCGCGAGACCCGCCCUGCUCGCGGCAGCCCCCGCCCCGCUAGGGCCUCAGGGUCCCGGUAUGGCGAUGGCUUUGACGGACCCGGUGCAGGUGUCUGUGACCUUUGAUGAUGUGGCUGUGACUUUCACCCAGGAGGAGUGGGGCCAGCUGGACCUAGCUCAGCGGACCCUGUACCAGGAGGUGAUGCUGGAAAACUGUGGGCUCCUGGUAUCUCUGGGGUGUCCUGUUCCCAGACCUGAGCUGAUCUACCACCUAGAGCAUGGGCAGGAGCCAUGGACCAGGAAAGAAGACCUCUCCCAAGGCACCUGUCCAGGUGACAAAGGAAAACCCAAGAGCACAGAACCUACCACCUGUGAGCUAGCCUUGUCUGAAGGAAUCUCUUUUUGGGGACAACUAACACAAGGAGCUUCAGGGGACUCCCAGUUGGGGCAAUCCAAGGAUCAGGAUGGGUUUUCAGAAAUGCAGGGAGAACGCUUGAGACCAGGGUUAGAUUCCCAAAAGGAGAAGCUUCCUGGAAAAAUGAGCCCCAGGCAUGAUGGUUUAGGGACAGCUGAUAGUGUGUGUUCAAGGAUUAUACAGGAUCAAGUCUCCUUAGGAGAUGAUGUCCAUGACUGUGACUCACAUGGAUCAGGUAAAAAUCCAAUUAUUCAGGAAGAGGAAAAUAUCUUUAAAUGCAAUGAGUGUGAAAAAGUGUUUAACAAGAAACGCCUGCUUGCUCGGCAUGAGAGGAUUCACUCUGGAGUGAAGCCCUAUGAAUGCACAGAGUGUGGAAAAACCUUUAGCAAGAGUACAUACCUCCUGCAGCACCACAUGGUCCACACUGGGGAGAAGCCCUAUAAGUGCAUGGAGUGUGGGAAGGCUUUUAAUCGCAAGUCACACCUUACACAGCACCAGCGGAUUCACAGUGGAGAGAAACCUUAUAAGUGCAGUGAAUGUGGAAAGGCCUUCACCCACCGCUCCACUUUUGUCUUGCAUAACAGGAGCCACACUGGAGAAAAACCCUUUGUGUGCAAAGAGUGUGGCAAAGCCUUUCGAGAUAGGCCAGGUUUCAUUCGACACUACAUUAUCCACAGUGGUGAGAAUCCCUACGAGUGCUUCGAAUGUGGCAAGGUCUUCAAACACAGGUCAUACCUCAUGUGGCACCAGCAGACUCAUACCGGGGAGAAGCCCUAUGAGUGCAGUGAAUGUGGGAAGGCCUUCUGUGAGAGCGCAGCCCUGAUUCACCACUAUGUCAUCCACACUGGGGAGAAGCCCUUUGAGUGCCUCGAGUGUGGGAAGGCUUUCAACCACCGAUCCUACCUCAAGAGGCACCAGCGGAUUCACACUGGGGAGAAGCCUUAUGUGUGCAGUGAAUGUGGAAAGGCCUUCACCCACUGCUCUACUUUCAUCUUGCAUAAAAGGGCCCACACUGGAGAAAAGCCUUUCGAGUGCAAAGAGUGUGGGAAAGCCUUUAGCAAUAGGGCAGACCUCAUUCGCCACUUCAGCAUCCACACUGGAGAGAAGCCCUAUGAGUGCAUGGAGUGUGGAAAGGCCUUCAACCGCAGGUCAGGCCUCACGAGGCACCAGCGGAUUCAUAGUGGAGAGAAGCCCUAUGAAUGCAUCGAGUGUGGGAAAACAUUUUGCUGGAGCACAAACCUCAUUCGACACUCUAUCAUCCACACUGGAGAGAAGCCGUAUGAGUGCAGUGAAUGUGGAAAGGCCUUCAGUCGCAGCUCUUCCCUCACUCAGCAUCAAAGGAUGCAUACUGGGAGAAAUCCCAUCAGUGUAACAGAUGUGGGAAGACCUUUUACAAGUGGGCAGACCUCAGUCAACAUCCAAGAACUUUUAUUGGGGAAAAACUUUUUGAAUGUCACCACUGAGGAAAAUCUUUUGCAAGAGGAAGCAUCUUACAUGGCAUCUGAUCGUACAUACCAAAGAGAAACCCCACAAGUGUCUUCACUGUGAGAAAACCUUCUGUUGCUGAAUGUCAUUUGUCACCUAAGGAGUCAUAUUAGAAAAUCACACAGCUUAGAGCCUUAUUCUCUGUCUGAAUUCAUCCUGGAAAAACACCCAGUGGUUACUGUGCACUUAGGAAAACCUUUAGCUCCAUCUUUCUCAUUAGUUUACAGUGCAGUGUUAUCUCAGGAAUUUUUAUAAACAGAAAGAGGUGACAUAGAAAAGAAAAUGAAAUGCAGACACUUCUUUUAUACCAUUGUCUUGUAUGUACAUUUCUGUCCUGUGUCAGGAAAGUUCGUAAGGGAAGGUAUGGAAACUUACUGAAUGUCUUUGUUCUACAACAUUGUCUCUUUUUAAGAAGCAUUGUUUUUAUGAGAAAUAUGAAGGCUUUGAGUUAUGAAAUACUUUUAUAUUUAAGGAUUAAAGGAAACAUGAAUGCGCACAUUUUAUUGUACCACUUAAUACUGUUUAGGUCUUUGAUUUAAAAAAAAAAAAUCCUCUUUUAAUGGGUUUUAAACACUAACACUGAGAAUUUUUCUUGAUUCCCAUCUGUUGGUUUACUUGAUUGCUAUAGCUGUAUGAUAAAUCUCAAAAUUAGGUAAUGUGACUUCUUUUUUCUUACUAUUUUUAUUUAAAAUUCAUUUAGCAUUCCUAGUUUGACUUUCCAUAUACACUUUAGGAUUGGUUUUUCUGUUUUUCAAAUAUUCUUGCUUGGAUUUUGAUAGAAAUGGAGUUAAAUCUGUAGAUCAAUAUGUUGAAAAUUGGCAUCUUAGUCUUCCAAUUCAUGAACAUAGCCUAUCUUUUCAUUUAUUUAAAUUUUCUUUGAUAUAUUUCAUUACUGUUUUAUAGUUUACACAGUAUAACUCCUGCACAUUUAAAAUAAGAUUUAUAGCUUCAUAGUUUUUUGAGUGAUUGUAAAUGGCAUUGAUAUUUAAAGUUUCAAUUUUCACAUGAUGUUGGCUAGUAUACAGAAACAUUAUUUUUUCAAUCUUAUUUUGCUGUCUUGCAACCUUCCUAAACUCAUUAUUUCUUGCCAUUUCUUUUGGGAGAAUCCUUAGGAUUUUAAAUAUAGAAAUGUCAUUUGCAAUUUGGGACAGUUUUAUUUCUUGCUUCCCAUCUGUAUACCUUUUAUUUGCUUUUCUCAUGUUAUUGUACUAGGUAGGAUUUCCGGUGUGAUAUUGAAUACAAAUAGUGACAAGUUAUCCAUGCCUUGUUCCUGAUGUUAGGCGAAAAUGUUCAGUUUCUCAUUAUUAUGAUGUUGAAAGUUUCUUCCAAAGAGUUUCUCUAUCGAGUUUAGAAAGUUUCCCUCUAUUCCUAAUUUGCUGGGAUUUUUUUGGUUAUUAUUAAUAAGUGUUGAAUUUUGUCAUAUGCUUUUUCUCCACCAAUUAAUUUAAUUAUGUGAUGUUACUUCUAUAGUCAGUUAAUAUGAUGUGUUACCUUGACUGAGUUUCAAGUAUUGAACCAGCCUCACAUCCUUGUGAUAAGCCCUACUUGGUCAUGGAGUAUAAUUUUGUUUGUAUACUAUGCUACAGUAUUUCAUUUGCU